AUGUCAGCCCUGAACAGCGCCAGCUAUACCAAGCCAACGAUAGACCCAUCUGCUAUCAAAUUAUGCACAAGGCUCAUCCCGGAUCUGGAAGCACAUGUGACCCAGAACCAGAAACUUGCGUUCAUUGUCUUCAAGAAUUACCGCUGUUCUCAUGACCAGAUGAUGGGCAAGAAUGCUGAGCUAGAGCGUUCAGUGGACUCUAUCUAUCUGCGGUCGCAAGAGUUGUGUACUGGGCUACGUGAAGUCUUUGGUAAGACGAGCUUGAGACUUGCACAGCUCAACCAAUUCCGACCAAAGGCGGUAUUACAAGCACCUUACUUGUGGUAUUACGACUCAAGGGAAGAACUUAAUCUCAAGUUGGAUGGAUCUGACGCAACUUUGAAGAGAGGGCAAUCUGUCGAGGCGUUGCUUGAUGUUGUUUCAAUGUCGAUGGCCGAAGAGUACUCGGUUGUCGAUGCUCUCCUCGCCCAGAAGACCAUUCAGUGGGAGUACAUGGGCUACCUCUAUCGUGUGGGAGACGUGGUGCUUCAGUCGAACAACAAGGAUUUGGAUCAUUGCCAGGCAUAUGAAGUCCUCUCGACGCAACUUACGGGGAGUGGCGGGGGUCCAAUUGACAGAAUUGUUUUAGAACUUCGUACGUGGGGAUUUGACGGUACUUUCAAACAAGUCGACUCUCGCCUAUCGAUCGCUCUCUCGAGGUUCGAGUCCGAAGCAACACUACCCGUGACAGCUUUACCUGCAAUUCCUAUCCAAUAUGCCGAACAUGACGUUACAGGGCACCUUACUAGGAGGGGUCGCAUGUACUAUAAGCUUCGGAACAAAGGGCUGGUCGCAUAUACUGGUUCAGUUGUUGGAUCAGACACCUAUCUUCAUCAGAGACGCUUCAUGAUCGACACGUCCAUGUACAAGCAGAUUCGCUUAGGUGCAACUGAUGGUCAAGAAGACACGAUGAGAAGUGAGCCUGAUGCCGCUUCAACGUUGUCAGAGGAAAUCCCCAAACAUUCCUUCCUGCUCAUGCUACCUGCGAGCAUACAUGGAUAUGACCUUCUCGAUAAACGCUGGUCACAGUUGCUGGUCUCUAACAUCUCUGAUGUAAAAUGGAACGCAGAACUCUUCAAGCAAGUGAUACUGCCCCCAAGAGAGAAGAAUCUUCUCGAGGCUGUGGUCAAAUGGCCUAUUUCGGACGCCAGUUCUUCAGUAAGCUCCGGAGUCCGUGGCGGGCAGCAUACUAUUCUUUUACAUGGCAGCCCAGGAAGUGGCAAAACCUUUACUGCAGAAGCCAUCGCUGAGAUGACUGAGCGGCCGCUAUUUCGAAUUUCUUACAGCGACAUUGGCACUAAUGCUCCUAAGGCAAAGGAGCAUUUACAGUUUGUGUCCAAACUUUGCAAUACGUGGGGCUGUGUAGUUCUCUUCGACGAUAUAGGUGAUAAGGAGCAAAUCGCGUUGGUCACUGCUGUUCUUCACUCACUCGACGUCUUUACUGGUAUAGUUAUCCUGUCUACGAAUCUUCUGGGCCGAUUUGAUCGGGCCCUCAUACCUCGCAUUCGGCUGAUCAUUCGUUUCGAACGAUGGUCGCAGAACGACCGUGAGAAAGCGUGGCAGAACAUUAUAGAGAGACUCAAUGUUGGUAUGGACAAUCAAAGCGCUAAAUUUCUGGAACGAAUUCCUUUUCUGGCAAAGUGGGAACAAAACGGUUGGGAAAUGGACAGCACGAUCAAGACGGCAAUUCAAUUAGCUCACGCUCAGAAUGAACCUUUAAACAAAAGUCACCUCAAAAAGGUUGCGAAUAAUUUGGAGGCCUUCCAAGAGUACAUUGGAGGAUCUGGUGAGGGGAAUUGGUGA